AUUCAUCAACCCCAGCUUUCGCGCCCGCCCCUUCACCCGUCUGCAAGGCUUGAACCCCGCGGCACCAUUGUCGCAUUGAAUCGUUCAUCAUGUACGGCAUGAAUCAAGCAUACAACAACUCGGACCCCAGUGCGCAGGUGCCGAACCACCUCCUCGCCCACGUCCACCUGAUAUCCUCCUAUCGCUUCCCUACCCUACCGAGUCUCCAGGCUGCUCAAGCGCUCGAAUACCUCAUCAAAGGCCCGCAGAUAGUGCGCGACACGUCCCCCGUCGCCUGGACCUACUUCGCAUCCCCUCCUCAAGAUGGCACCGUUAUCCUCACAUGGCAGCCGCCGCGCAUGCAGACGCACUUCGCCUCUGAUGGAAUGAUCUGGGCGGAUGCCGAGACCGCAUAUGAUAUGAACGUGCGAGGCUAUACUCUUCAAGUCCUUGUCCACAACAGCGGCUAUAACUACCCGCAUGAACCCUUCGCACUGCAUGCCCGCUUCCGCUACAGAAUCGCAGCAGGGCCUGGCACAACCGAUCCCAAUCUUUGGCUAGUGCAUUACAGGCCAGCAGAAGCGCAACACAGAAUACCAGCUGGCCAGAUACCAAUCCCCCGCGAGGUACAUGCGCAGCUACAGAUGCGCGCUCAGCUCCAAGCUGCCGGGCCGCUGAUGCGUAAAGAGUUCAUGCUUGCUGACCAGCCCAAUUGGCCCAAGGUUGAAUUUGGGCAACAAGCCAUGAGAGGCCAACAACCCUACUAUAACCCAAUGCAGCCGGGACGCCCGUAUACUGCGCAGCCUCCGCCAGCUAAACGUCCGCGACUGCCAACUCAACCCCAAGCUCGUCAGCCCAUGCCAGGUGCGAUAGUACCGGACACUUCACUUGAAGAGGAGGAGAACGCUACCCAGGAUGCCUUUGACUUUUUGACGCCUCGCGAGAUCAGCCUGUCAAGGUACAAGCAACACCACGAGUGGAUGGAAGAGGUCUUUUCCUCGCCGUAUGCUGUUGGGAAGAUUGCGCCUGUUGACCUUGGCCUAGGUCUUAUGGGCGAGCUUGCCCCGCUUACCGCAGGUAUCUUGGAUGUCUCAGGGGCGGAGAACCCAGAAGCCGCGAAGGACAGUUAUCAGAUAAAGAACUACUACAAGCUUGACCCUGAGCAACUCAAGGAUUUCGAGAAACGAGUCUCAGAAUACACUACAAAAGAACAAGCUGAGAUCGACAAGAUGAAGGCGGAACACGCGCGAAAAAUGGCGCAAUUGAAGCGGACGCGGACGUAUAUCAAGGCUGAAAGACGCCUACGAGAUCUAUCACGCUCCACGGAUAGCGAUGCUGACGGUGCCGAUCCCGCAGAAGAAGUCGUGCAAGAUCUGGAGAAGUCGUUAGGAGUUACAUUUGAAUCUCAGAAAUCCGUCGUUUGUGUGGACAAGGGUGGAUUCAUUGAGGCGCAACAACCCUCCCCUCCGAAGACCCAAGUCAACGGAGAUGGUGGUCAACAAAAUACAAACGGCGCCUCAAACGGUACGAACAAUGAUGGGACAUUGGAAGAGAACUCUGCUGCAAGCUUGCUUGAUCAGUACGGGUCUGGAUCACUCUCAGGAACUCCCGUUGGCAACAUCUCACUUCCUCGGCUGUCGCAACCUCCUAGUCAGUCGCAGUCCGCUACUGGCACACCCAACUUACCUACCGGCAAUACCAAUCAGGCUUCAACAUUCGAUCAAGGGGACACAAAUCUCGAUGUAGAUGUAGGAGAUGACCUCUUAGAUCUCGAUGUGGAGAUGUCAGGCAUGACGGGCGCGGGAGAUAAGGGAGAUGAGUGGGUCAUGGUGGGUGAGCAAUCAGGCGAUACAUCACGAUCCACCGACAAUCCUCAACAGCCUACUACGAGAAAUGAUGCUGCAGGUGAAUCGGGGACCUUGCCCUCAUCCACCGUUGAGGCUGAGGUAGGUAGCAUGUUCGACACUGCCGACUUUGGAAGCUUCGACAACCUGGACAGUGCUGGGGAUGCACUGGCGGACUAUGGCCACGACGACAACCUGGGGUUGGACCUAGUGGAUGACUCGGCGUUUGGAGAUGCGUUUCAUGGUACCGAGAUGCACCACGACCCGACGGGUGAUGGGGAUCACGCAUAGAAAACAACAAAAUUGAUGUCGUUGGGAUGAUAUUGGCUGUGCUUUUGUGGUGAUUCAGGAGUUAUAUUCAUUGGAUGAUGGGUUUCACUCUGUAUAAGUAUUUGUAGGAGUCGUGGACAUUCGUGAGCUCGGGCGCCAAUACCAGGCAACCUCUUUACUUCGUUGUUCACUUGCUAGAUGUAUCAUUUCAUAGUGUGAUGAAUCCAAUUAUGUGUACUAGUGCUCACCCUUCUGUAACAGAAAACAAGGGCCCCUUAAACUUCGGCUACGCGUUACAGUGCAUUAGUGAUCGUGAUCCUUCUAUCCCCACAUGAAACU